AUGAUCUUCUAUUUCUCAUUUGUCUUGUCUCAGGAAGACCCUUUGCAAAGAGAAGGCCAUGUACGCUGGGGCGAAGGUUUUGUUAUUGUUUAUGACAUCACUGACAGAGGAAGUUUUGAAGAUGUCAUGUAUUUCAAGAACUUGUUAGAUGAAGUAAAAAAGCCCAAGAAUGUUACUUUUAUUCUAGUGGGAAAUAAAGCAGACCUGACACAUUCACGGCAAGUAAGUACCGAAGAAGGAGAGAGACUGGCCGCAGAGCUGUCCUGCGCUUUUUAUGAAUGCUCUGCAUGUACUGGUGAAGGAAACAUCACUGAUGCUUUUUAUGAACUAUGCCGAGAAAUAAGACGUCGCAAGAUGAUUCAAGGAAAGACCAGGAGAAGAAGUUCUACGACUCAUGUCAAACAAGCUAUUAACAAAAUGCUAACUAAGAUUAGUAGCUGA